UCCAUGGUGGACUGUAAGCGUCUUGCGUAGUGUGAAAUACCUUAUUUCGUUGAAAAAAUGAACCUUAGUACAAUUACUGUUCAAGAUGUUAGUCGAUCGCUUCAAGGCUUCGGUUUAGCUGAUUAUGUGGUAUUUACCGUCAUGCUGAUGAUCUGCAUUGCAAUUGGAAUUUUCUUCGGAUGGAAAGAUCACAACAGACGACAAAAAAAUCGAACGGCCCGUAGGGAUUCCGAAGCCUUGGACUAUUUGGUUGGUAGUAGGAAGCUUAAAAUAUUUCCUGUCGCAAUGUCAUUGGUAGCAAGUUGGCUUUCUGGAAUCGCGUUGAUUGGAUCAUCGACGGAAACUUAUUUAUAUGGAAUACAAUUUGGAUACAUUUUCACGGGCAUCAUUCUGAUGGCAUUUAGUAUGAACUAUUUGUUUAUUCCAGUUUUUCAUGGUUUGCAAAUAACAUCUGUCUACGAGUACCUUCAUUUGAGGUUUGAUAAAAGAGUUCGUUUGUUGGGUUCGGUGUUGUUCACUGCGGCAACACUGCUGCAUUUGCCGAUUGUGAUAUUUGUACCUGCGCUUGCUUUCAAUCAAGUUUCAGGCAUUAAUGUGCAUUUUAUUACAACGGUCGUGUGUACGGUUUGCAUUUUCUAUACUGGUGUGGGAGGCAUCAAGGCCGUCGUAUGGACAGACGUGUUGCAAACAUUUGUGAUGGUUGGAUCGUUGAUUUUGAUCAUUUGGAAGGGCACUGCUGACAUCGGAGGGCUUGGAGUACUAAUCGAACGAAAUCUUGCUAGCGGAAGGAUAGAACCACCGAACUUCAGUUUGGAUCCCACCGAACGAAUUACAAUUUGGGCAAUUUUUUUCGGUGGUGGAGUUUUCUGGAUAGCGAAAAAUGCCAUCCAUCAGAUGAUGGUCCAAAGAUAUCUUUCUUUGCCGACAUUUCGAGACGCGCAACGUGCGUUGAUUGUGUUCACGAUUAUGAUAAUUUGCCUGAUGGCAAUGUGUUUUUACAAUGGCCUGCUUAUUUACGCGACAUUCCACGACUGCGAUCCAUUGACGACAAAAUUGGCUCGCGCCAAAGAUCAGCUGCUGCCGAUUCUGGUGAUGAAGGUUUUCGGUGAUUAUCCCGGUCUGGCUGGACUUUUCAUUUCCGGAAUAUUCAGUGCAUCGCUUAGCUCUCUUUCAACUGGACUGAACUCGUUGGCCGCAAUUGUGCUGGAAGAUUUCGUAAAGCCUUUCGUGAAACAGCGACUAUCAGAGCGUAAAACACGUUAUUUGAUGAGAGGAACAGUGUUCGUUUUCGGUGCCAUAGCGGUUCUACUGGUAUUGGUAGUGGAAAGACUUGGCACAGUUCUGCAACUGUCAAUGAGUUUGGUACCGAUCUCACUUGGACCACUGCUGGGAGUGUUCCUGACAGGAAUGCUGCUUCCAUGGGUCAACGCCAAGAGUGCGUUGUUCGGAACCACGACUGGAUUACUGUUUAUGCUUUAUAUAGUCGUUCGAGCACAGAUAUCGAUUGCCUCGAAGGAGAUUAUCAACACAACUAAGCCGGUGUCUGUAGAGGGAUGUUCCUACGAAUUCGACGAAAUUGUAGAGACCGUUGAACAUCCUACCAGUUUCAACAAAUCCUUACAUCACGUGUCGUUCCUUUAUUACGCUUUGAUCGGAGCAACCGUUACAUCCGUAUCCAGUCUGGUCGGUGCAUCGUUCCUAGGCCGACAGAACACUGAAGACCUCAAUCCCCUACUUGUGGCUCCGUUCUUGAGAAAGUUCUACUUCCGAAAGCAAACGAACGAGAAAAUCGGCGUGGUUCACUGUUUCGAAGAUGCUGACACAACACUGUAAUUUGGAUGCUAUUAAUAAAUUUAAAUUCAAA